AUGGAUGACCAAGACCUACUGCUACCCUCUACCUCUGUCGGCUCACUCACCCACCCUCCCGAGAACUCCUCUUCCUCCUCUGCGCCGCAACCCAGCAACAGGAAGAAGUCGUCGCGGAGAGGCGGCGAUGCGGCGUCACAGAAGCGACGCUGUGUAUCCACAGCCUGCAUCGCCUGCCGCCGAAGGAAAUCGAAAUGCGACGGCGCCGUGCCCAGCUGUGCCGCCUGUGCCAGCGUCUACGGCACCGAGUGCGUCUAUGACCCCAACUCGGACCACCGCCGGAAGGGCGUCUACCGGGAAAAGAUUGACAGCAUGAAGGCCCGGAACUCGACUCUGCAGAUCCUCAUCGAGGCCAUCCUAAACGCCAACGAGGACGAGGUCCCCGACAUCGUCAAGAGGAUCCGCACCUGCGACAGCCUCGACACCGUCGCCGAGCAGAUUCUCAAACAUGAGGCCAUGCUCCAGGAGGCCGAGGACAAUGACAACGGCGACGACGGCUACACGGCCGACAUGCCCAUUGAGGGUGAGAGGGAGCUCGCCCGCAAAAUGGGUGAGCUGCGCCUCGAGAACGGCUCAGUACGCUUCAUCGGCGGCACCUCUCAUCUCAUCUACCUUGGCGACCCCGCCGACGCCGACGCCAACGAGCCAGAGUCUGACGCAAACCUCGCCAACGAGGACCCCAUCACCAGUUGGACCCGUGUCACCAAGGACAAGGAACUCAUCGCCCACCUCAUGAACAUGUACUUCAACUGGCACUAUACCUACUUUACGACACUAUCCAAGACUCUGUUCUACCGGGACUUCUUCAGGGGGAAGCAUGGCUCACAGCACAAGGGCACUGUGUAUUGCUCGUCGCUGCUCGUCAACGCUAUGCUGGCUCUCGGAUGCCACUUCACGAGCGUGCCGGGGGCCUACGGUACUCCGGGCGACAGCCGGACCAAGGGCGACCACUUCUUCGCCGAGGCGAAGCGCCUCAUCGUCGAAAACGACGAGUAUGAGCGGCCCCGCCUCACGACCGUCCAGGCCCUGGCCCUCAUGUCCGUCCGCGAGGCCGGCUGCGGACGGGAGGCCAAGGGCUGGGUGUACUCGGGCAUGGCCUUCCGCAUGGCCCAGGACAUCGGUCUCAACUUUGACGACGGCGGCAUGUCUCCGGACAAGGAGAACCUCGGCGAGCACGCCGUCGACGCGCGGCGGAUGACGUUUUGGGGCUGUUUCCUCUUCGACAAGGCCUGGUCCAACUACCUUGGGAGACUGCCGCAGAUACCCAAGAACUCGUACAACGUACCAAAGUAUGACGUCUUCCCCAGCGAGGACGCCGAGCUGUGGUCGCCGUACACCGACACCGGGUUCGACCAGACCUCAAAGCAGCCGUCGAGGACGCGUGCUGUGGGGCUGCAGCUGUCCAAACUGUGCGAGAUUAGCAGCGACCUGCUGUUAUUCUUCUACCAUCCUAACCACAUCGGUCGUUCGAGCGGCAAGUCUGUUGAGCUGAAGAAGCUGAGCGAGCUGCACCGGAGGCUGGAAGAUUGGCGAAAGGAGCUACCAAAGGAGCUGGAACCAAAGGAGGGCCAACUUCCCAACGUGAUCCUCGUACACAUGUUCUUCCACCUCCAAUACAUUCACCUCUUCCGCCCCUUUCUGAAGUACACCCCCGCCGCCUCCCCACUGCCCUCACAUGUCUCACCGCGACGCAUCUGCACCGCCAAUGCUGGCGCCAUCUCUAAGCUGAUGCGCCUCUACAAGAAGACGUGGAACCUGCGGCAGAUCUGCAACAUCGCCGUCUACAUGAUCCACAGCGCCUGCACCAUUCACAUGCUCAACCUGCCCGAGAAGACGGCCAAGCGCGACAUCAUCCACGGUGUGAAGCACCUCGAGGAAAUUGCCGAGGACUGGCUCUGCGCGCGCCGCACGCUGAGCAUCAUCAGCGUCCUCGCGCGCAAGUGGAACGUCGAGCUCCCCGAGGAGGCCUCGGCCGUGCUGCAGCGGACGGACGAGAAAUACGGCACCUUUAGCACGUCCGACGUGCCCUCGCCCCAUUCUAACGUGGCGACGUCGCCCUCACCGCCGCAGCAUCAGCCCCUUUCGCCGGCGACGGGGGCAGGGAAGCACGAGGAACAGUACAGCCCGCUGGACCAGUUCGUCCAAUCACACGCGGGUGAAGCCGACGUGACGCCGAACCAGACCGACCUACUCAUGGCGAGUGCGUCGCUGGCACAAAUUAGCGGCACAAGACUGCCGUCGCAGCAGCACCUCGGCGCCGGCGGGGGCGGGUCUAGCGGUAUGGGCGGCAUGGGGCAGGGUUCGUUCAGCGGGUGGUCGCAGGCGGGGCUGGCACAGUCAAUCCCGACAUACCAAAACCAACAGCAGCAUCAGCAGCAUCAGCAGCAACGAUACAGCGCAAUGAACAGCAAUUCCCACAGCAACCUCGCGCCGUCAGGGAGCAGCCGCCCUGGCGCACCAAACGGACGACAGGUCUCACCCGGCCAGGUCUUCCAGGGGCUCGACCAGGACUGGUUCCUCAACGACGGCGCAAAGUGGCAUCAAAACUUUGAGGCGUGGAACAUGGCCAGUGCCGCCGCCACCAGCGGGCCCGGGGACCAGAUGUUUAUGUUUUCCGGCGGUGGCGGCGGCGGAGGGAUGCCGCAGCCGCAAAGGCAGCCGGAAGAGGAUACCCACAGUCCCAACUUUGACGGGCUGAGCUCGUUGAACAUCAACGGGUGGCUUCCGGGUCUGGAUUAA